UGACGUUAUUUAUGUGUCAUUUUUCGCAAACAUUGGCCCAUCCCCCGUCGCGAACUCAUUAAAUUCAAUUAUUAAUGAUUUAAUUAUCCGUUCACGUAGUGCGGACCGCGGUUUCGCCAAAAAUUUAAUCCAGACGUUGGUAAAAAAUGAGGCCGACGUAGACUCCCGCGGACAUGUGUUUCGAAGCGAUCCGUGUGGGAGUUCAGUUUUAAACAACGCAAUGGCAUCUUCUAUUAAUGCGGACACGAUAUCCGAAUGUUCGGAGGCUUCAACGCUGAUCGACGGUUCGGUUAUAUCGACCGUGCCCGAUAGACACGGGUUCUUGGGGGGAGCGCAAUAUUCCCCGGAACCAAGGCAAGGUCCUCCUCCCGAGACAGUCCUCAGGAGAGAGAGAAAAUGGCUAAAAAUGCUCAGCACUUGGAACUUUUACAUGGACAGGAACUACAGGAAAGUCAAAGAAAGAUGCCGUAAAGGAAUACCAAUGUCGAUACGCCCCAGGGCGUGGUUGUACCUAUGCGGCGGAAAAUUAUACCUAGACCAGGAACAGGGCAAGUAUGACGAAUGUCUCAGGGCAACGGGCGAUUCCAAGUGCUUGGAAGACAUAAAGAAAGAUAUCCACAGGCAGUUUCCAACUCAUGAGAUGUUCAAUUCUGAGGACAAACCCGGACAACACGAGCUCUUCAAUGUAUUGAAGGCGUACACUGUUCUAAAUCCCGAAAUAGGGUAUUGUCAAGCGCAAGCGCCCGUCGCAGCGUUUCUACUAAUGCACAUGCCCGCCGAACAAGCUUUUUGGUGUUUGGUGUCCAUUUCCAAUAAGUAUUUGCAAGACUAUUACUCCCCCGACAUGGAAGUUGUCAGGAGAGACGGGUUCAUUUUGCAAGGCCUAUUGAAGAAAGUCUGUCCGCCCGUGUAUAGGCACUUGAAAAAAGUGAACGCCGAACCUUUGUUCUAUUGUACGGAGUGGUUCCUGUGCGCCUUUACAAGAACCUUGCCUUGGGACACUUUGCUAAGGGUCUGGGACGUGUUUUUGUGCGAAGGGGUCAAGGUUUUGUUCAAAACUGCACUGAUUAUAUUGAUCGGUUGUCUCGGUACCGCCAAAAGUAGGAAGAACUGUCCCGGCUUAUGCGAAACGUUAGAUAGACUAAGAAACCCUCCGGAAGAAGUGUUGGUCGAGGAGAAUCUGAUUUACAAUAUAAACCGGUUGGAUUUGACGGAAAGGGACUUUCAAGUGGAACACCAGAAGCAGACGAGGAGGAUCAAGUUGGAGAAGAUCGCCAAAAGCAACGAAGACGGUGGAUAACGGGCUGUUUGUGCCAAAUUUUCAAUAGUGUAUUCAAAAGAGGAGAUUCGUUUUACAACUGACUAAUUCCGAGCUCUGCUGUUGUACAGUGUGUUCGUUUUUCGUUUAUUGAGGGUUAUCUCGGUUAGUGGUAGAUAUUCAAAAGAGGCCUUCUUCAAAACAAUCCUUGCUGAUCUUGUUAUCGAACAGCCUAUAUAUUGGACGUUCUUGAAAAUAUACUUCUAUGGUAAUUUUAUUCCACUUAACAUAUUAUUAUUAUUAUUAUUAUUAUUAUCUGAUUAACUGAUUUCCUUCAGCUUCCAGACAUUUUACAAAUUAUUCUUGUUCUUAAUACGUCGAAUUUUAGGGAAGUAAAUCAAGUGCUUAUUUUUUAGAAUAUUGUCCUUGUGUUUUAGACACUGCAAAAAAUUUGCAGUACUGACUGUACUUACUGAAUUCUGGCCUCAACACUGUGGACCAGUUGUGCUCCUAAAUAUCAAAAAAUGUCAAUGAUUUACUGUCAGCUGAUGGAAAACAAUUUGAGCAUUUUUUGAAACCACUGUAUUCUAUUAUAUAUUAAAAACAAGUUUGUUGUAAAAUAUUAAAAGUUGUUAUUAAAUUAUGUUACAAACAUAUAAAAAGUGAAAUCAAAUUUUUAAAAAUAUGCAAGUCUUGUUUAAAAAACGUAGCUUAAAAAUUGUAAAAAAAUCUGGGUGCUCCACUAGAUUCCGUUUACGAUACAGGGUGCACAAAGUACAAAGGCUAACUGAAAAACGUCAAAAAGAACGAGAAAUGGACUCACCGUACAGCAGAUCUCCGCAUUCUAUUUAUAAGUUUUGUUAAUAAGGGAGCACAUGAUCUAGUCUUAAGGUGCAAACGUUUUCUAGUUGAUAUUGUUUUGAUUUAUGUCCAGAAACAUCAAAUGUUCCUGUACAUAGGGAGGAGAAAAAAACCUGUUAAUAUAUUUCCGAGAAAGUAUUUUUCUUUAAAGUUUAUCUCGAUCCCGGAAAGGGAGAGAGAAAGUUGUUAUUGUUGAGGUUCUAAUUAUAUCUUUUGUAUUGUCAAUAUAUUUUAUUAAAGUAUUAAGAAUUACACGAUAAUUUAAU